AUGACGUGUCGCGAGCUUCCUGCUCGAUCUUUGACCAAGUGGAGGACUAGCAUCGCCUCGUACCGCGCGGAAGCGACGUUCUUCAAGACCGUCGCCGGCUCCGCGGCGCUCGACGCCAUCGUCCCGCACGCCUUCUGGGUGUACGUCGACGACCGCCUCGGGGGGGGAGAGGAGACCGGCACCGCCGCCGCCGCCGCCGGCACCGGGGACACGGAGGCGGAUGCUGCUGUGGUGGAAGCGCUGCGAGAGUCUUGCUUCAUGAUGAUUACCGGUCAAGAGUUGGGCGGGCGGUGA